UAUCAGCAAUUAUCAGCUACAGUUACUAUCUCCAGAUACACAGGGAGAGAAAUACUGCAGUCGUCCUGGACCAAAAAAACAACUUUGGUUUAAUUUAUCUCCGAUCACUGCGCGCAACUUUUACGCGUUAAAACAAUUUGGAGACGCUCCGCGGUGCUCCCUCUUCCUUCUCUAUCUGUGUGGAGUGACAAGGUUUGCCCGGUGCGUUCCUCUAUUGAGGUUUUGGACGACUAAAGGACCGGACUGCUUUAUCACCCGACCGUCCUUAUCUGGACGGAAUCUCCACACGAUUUUCAUUCAAAAAGGCACAGGAACUUCUUUUUGGAGACGGUGGAAGUGCCUUUACGCGUGGACAGUAUCACCUCCACAGGAUUGAGACCAGCCUAAGAAAUCCUCCCUGUAUUUUCCAUACUCCAAACAGGACGGAAAAGUUUUGAAAAUGUAUCAAAGCCUGGCCUUGUCCUCCAACCAGUCCCAUUAUUCGCAUGACACCGGGAAUUACAUCCACCCCUCGGCCAGCUCUCCGGUCUACGUUCCCACCACCAGAGUCCCUGCCAUGCUGCCCACCCUGCCCUACCUGCAGACCUGCGACUCUUCCCACCAGUCUCACGGCAUCGGCGGGCACCAUGGCUGGCCUCAGACCGGCAAUGACGGCUCCUCUUUCACGCCCAGCAGCCCUCACCCUCCGCACGGCUUCUCCUACUCUCACAGCCCGCCCGUCACCAGCAACACCGGUCGGGAUUCGACCUACCAGAGCCCACUGGUUCUCGGGAACGGCGCACGGGCGGAUCAGUACGGAAGCGCUCUGGUGCGCUCGGUUGGAGGCUCCUAUUCCAGCCCCUAUGCGUACAUGAGCCCGGAGAUGGCGACGUCCUCCUGGACGCCUGGACCCUUCGAGAGCGGAGUGAUAAGUCUGCAGGGACGACAUGGAGGACUGUCUGGGAGAAAGUCCAGUCUGGAUCUGGUGGACGAGAUGUGCACUGAAGGCAGGGAGUGCGUCAACUGCGGCUCCGUGUCCACGCCGCUGUGGCGCAGGGACGGCACCGGGCACUACCUUUGUAACGCCUGCGGCCUCUAUCACAAGAUGAACGGCAUCAACAGGCCGCUCAUCAAACCACAGAAACGGCUGCAGACCACAUCUCGCCGAGCCGGCCUUUGCUGCACUAACUGCCACACCAGCACCACCACACUCUGGAGACGCAACGCAGAGGGAGAACCUGUGUGUAACGCCUGUGGCCUCUACAUGAAGCUGCAUGGGGUGCCCAGACCUCUGGCCAUGAAGAAGGAGAGCAUUCAGACCAGGAAGCGCAAACCCAAGAUGGCCAAGAAUAAAACAUCCACAGGAUCCAGCACCUCUGACACCAGCUCCCCAACCUCCCUCUCAGUCUCAGAACACGCCUCCACUAUUAAGAGUGAACCCAACAUGGCCCCUUCACCCUACGCUGGACAAACCGUCACAUCUGCCACUACGACGGCUUCUCAAUUAGACAGCAUAGGAUCGGGACAUGUGGACAUUAAAUAUGAGGAUUAUCCCUUUACCCCAACCUCCAUGGCCUCACAGAACUCCUGGUGCGCUCUGUCUCAAGCAUGAGCAGCCUAAAUCCAACAAGACUGCCACACUAACACCACACUACUCCCUUUGGCUUUGUCAUGGAGGUCAUCUCUCUGUCCUCUAACUAUUCCUUGUGACUCUGGAGCUGUCGAAAAACAGUGUUGUAGAAACAUUAAAUUGGUUUGGGUUGCAGUAUCUGAUGGCUACAUGUGUUCAGGCUCUGCUUGCCAUAUUAUACACUGCAACACUCUGGCUCUGUAACUGACAGGCUCAACACUCAGCUCACCUGGACCAUACUUUAGCUUAACAAGGACACAGUGUACCUGGACUGCAGUUUACAAAAGGAUGAAUGUGUAUCAUCCACAGCACACCGACUCGACAGCUCAUUCAGAGCAGAGAGCAUAGCUGAACCAGGAUACACAUCCAACAAGCCACGUUUCCUCAGCGGGACAACAAGAACUACCUAUUACUAAAUGAAAUCUAUUUUUAAUACUACACCAAAUACACAAACGCAAAGACAAUCAAGUGGAAUGUAAAAAGAUAUGGGAACAGUAAGCCCCUUCUGCAAAGCUGAUAACUGAUAGUUUCAUUACGUCUUUGUUGCUGUCGCUGGUGUUUGUCUGUAUCAGCCUCACUGCUUUCUGUGGUGUUUUCAAGAACAUAAUGAGAACAAUUCCAACGUAUUACUGUCAGCGCAGGAGGAAAACCAGAAAAUACCUUUUUAUUGCUGUUGAACAUGUCUCAUUACUAACGUGUAGAUCAUUAACUUUUAUAGGCACAUUAUUUAUGUUGAGAUAAGGACAGUUAAAAGUCAUAGUGGACACUAAAGCCAGCCAGUAAUAGCCCACUCCUCACUGUUAUAGAAUGGUUGGUGCGUUGUACGGCGGCCUCUAAGCUAUGAUGCGUAUAUGAGUGAUGUGUUUUUACAAGAAACAGCAGAUAUAAACUGCAUCUUGUAUGAUUCAUUUGAAAAUCAGGACCAGCUGUUUUGAUUCUACAUAUCAGAGGUUUGAUAUAUUUGACAUUAAUGAAAGUGCAAUGACUCAACUUUUUCCUUUCAAAAACAAAAAAGAGUGUGAAGUUAUUCUAAACAUGAUAAUCUAAUUUUAUUGUCUGUAUUUUGUCAAUAUGUAAGGGAAUUUUAUUGUUAUAAUGUUCUAAAGAUCUCUCCCUCUCUCUGUUUCCUCUUUUUUCGAUGCUCUUUGGAAUCUGUUCAGGUUAAUAAACUGUACACAUUUUAUUCAUUUGA